CAAACACCGAAACUGGUCCAGGUGGAAUAAUUUUUCCUUCACCAGAGAGACCCUUUCCGUAUCGACAGUUUCUUCUGUAGCUCACCCUUCAGAAGACGACUCUCCCCUCCUCUGCAGUACCCGCCGGUCAAAGGACACCUUUAUUUGGUUUCUUCCAAGACCCGUUGCGUAGGCAGACAGACCUUGUUGCCCCCCUCUCCACCCCAUCGCCUAGCGAUAUUUCCUUCCUGCCGUCAAGGAAUCCACGAGCACUCACCCGCAACAACAAAAAAUCUCUCCUCCCGCAUCCACCUUUUGGACCGAGUCGACUUCGCAACCUCCGAAACGAUCCGAUCCAUCUUUUUGCGAGGAAUUUUUUCUCCUUCGAGUUCUUCUUGACACGGUCAUUCAUUUAUUGAAUUUCUGCGAUCCGUCACCAAAACCGUACCCGAAAUCGAAUCUGUGAUUCGGCACCCGAGCGAUCGUUCCAGUUGCCGCAUCUUGGACAACUACCCGACGACGUCAGCUUCGUUUCGACACGGUUCCUCAUCAACGCUACUAUCUCCACGAACAGACGCGCUACGACGAGAUUCCACAUAUGACUUCGACUGCCAGCCCUCAGUCCAACCCGGCGCCCACCCCCUCUGCUGCGACUUCGGCUCCUUCAUAUGCUUCCGCUGCCGGUGCGAACAAGAAGCAAGCCUCCACGCCGCUGAUUGCGACGGGAUCCAACCCACCAGUGGUGGUCGGUGGCUCCUCUGCGCAAAAUGCAAAGCCGUCUGCUCCGUCACCAGUAAAUGGACGUCCUCCUAUCACACCUGCUGUGCCUGCUGCCCCUGCAGUCGCUCACGGCUCUUCCGCCAACAACAUGAACGGAAGCGCACCCGAUCACGCUCGCAAGAGCUCCGUUACCCUCAGCGCCAACGGCCCCAACAGCUUCGCUCCCAACGGCGGCCCCGUCGGUGGUGCAAAGCCCGGCAUUCAGUUCGGCUACAACUCUCCUGCUGUCGCGCACAGCACCCCUCAAGCUACCGCUGCUCCGAUCCCCAUUCCUGGAUCCAACCAGAGAGUGCCUUCUCCCGCGCACUCUCCUUCUCCUAUCCCUCAGCCCUCUGCUAGCGGUGGCCGUCCCCCUUCGGGCAUGGCUCAGCCCAACGCGAUGACCUUUGGCAGUCUCGGAAGCGAUGGCGAUCGCCACAUGAGACAAGCCUCUACUCCCCAGAGCCAGGCCGCUCUUCCUGCGAUGCCCGGCCAGCACAUCCGACGCGAGUCCGGCGUUUCUCAGCACAGCGACGCCCCUGGUCCUAACCAAGGCCCGGGCCGUGGAGGUUUCCAGCCCCAGGGCGGCCGUGGCCGUGGUUUCAACCCUCACCAGCCCCCGUACCAGGCCAACAUGGGAUUCCCCCCGAACCAACAGCAGUACAGAAACGGCCAGGGCCGUGGCGGCAUGCCGCCUGCCUUCCACCCCGGAAGACCCAUGCAACCCUACCCGAACUCGCCUCAGCCGGCCCGAAGCCCUGCUCUGGCCCAUUCUCAGCCCGGCCACUCCCAGCCCGGAACCCCGAACAUGCCCCCGGCGCAGAUGCAUCCCAUGCCGAUGCCAGCUCCCUCUCCUCAAUAUUACCAGCAGGGCCCGCCCCCAAAUGCACAGUACGGCUACCCUCCCCAGGCAAACCAUCAGUUCGACCAGUUUGGCCGGCCCAUCUACUACAACCAGAUGGGAUAUAUGCCCUCGCCUGGAGCGCCCCCGGCUUUCCAGCCUGGCUACGCCCCGCCUGCAUUCCACCAGCCUGCGCCGACUGCCAUGUCACGCACCUCCUCUCACUCUGAGCGUCCCUCGUCUAGCACUGGCCAGCCGAGCCAGCCUGUUGUUGUGUCUGGUACUCCCCAGCCUCAGAACGCACAGGUCAAGCCCCCAGUUGUCGCGUCAUCUGGCAACUUCGUUCGCCCCAAGAAGAGUGCCGCCAUUGUCAUCAAGAACGCUGCCGGCGAAGCGGUUGACUUCAAGAAGAGUAUCAAGACUCCGUCGUCGCCUGCCCCUCCUAUCGUCCAGCAGUCCAAGACUCCACCCAUCGUCUCCUCUACACCUACUCCUCCCCCUAAGUCCGCAACGCCCUCCCACGCUCGCACAGACAGCCAGGCUACUCCCAAGACUCGUCAAGAGAUUCAGGAUGAGCUGAGAGCCAAGAUCGCGCAGGCCAAGGGUGGCGAGGACAAGGCGAAGGAAGAGGCCGAUGCUAAGGCCAAGGCCGAUGAUGAAGAGAAGAAGGCUGCCGAGGCCAAGGAAGAAGCCCGCAAGGCUGAGGAGAAGGCAAAGGAAGACGCUCGCAAGGCUGAGGAAGAAGCCGAAGCGAAGCGCAAGGCCGACGAGGAAGAGAAGGCCAAGGCCGCUGCUGCUGAAGAAGAGAAGAAGGCUGCUGAGGCCAAGGCCAAGGUGGAGGCUGAGAAGGCGGCUGAGAAGCCUGCCGAGAAGCCUGCCGCCGCUGCCGCCGAUGAGGAGGACGAGAUGGAACGCAUGAUUCGCGAAAUGGAGGAGGAAGAUGCCCGUCGCGAGAAGGCUGCCGCCGAGUACGCCGCCAAGAAGCAAGCCGAGAAGGAGGCACAGAAGAAGCUUGACGAGGCAAACAAGGCUACGAACGCUGCUGAGGCUGACCGCAAGCUCCGUGAGGCUGAGCGCGAGAUGGAACGUCUUGAAGAGGAGAAGGAGAGAAAGCGUGCACAGGGCGGAAACACCCCUUCCGUCGCCGAGCUGCUCGCCGGAAAGACCGGUGACAGCGAGCCCGCAAAGGUUGGCGAUGUUGCCGACAAGCUGUCCAACCUCAGCAUCGGUGACUCCAAGGCUUCGACCCCCACCGAGGCUUCCGCUCCCAAGGCUACUCCCACCGAGAAGCGCGGCCCCAAGCCGUCGCCUCUUAACUUGGCUCCCCUCAACACUAAGCCUGUUGAGCCGCCCCAACCCAGCGCUGCUCUUCAGUCCUUGAAGUCUGCUCGAUUCUUGACUGUCAUGAACCAAGACCUGUACCCUGCCGGUAUCAGCUCCCCCAACCCUGCCUUGAACGCUGCCGUCGCCAAGAAGGGCAAGACUUUCAAGUACGAUGCUCAGUUCUUGCUGCAGUUCCAGAAGGUCUUCACCGAACAGCCUUCCACAGAGUUCCACCAGCAAGUCAAGUCUCUCAUUGGUGACAACGAUGGUUCUCGUUCUGCUUCUACCCCUCGUGCUGGUUCCGGUCGUGGUGGCUCCCAACGUGGCGCCGCUGCACCUCAAGUCGGUGCUAUGGGCAGCUUCCGUGGUCCCUCUAACAACGUCCGCGGCACGACUUCUGCUGAACGGUUCGCUAUGGCUAACGCAGCUAUGGGCUCAGGUGGCGGCCCCGUUGGCAACAUGGGCACUUUCCGCCAAUUCCCUGGUCCUCAGAUGGUGAACCGCACACCCUCUUCCUCCAACAUGGGUCCCAACUCUCCCCGUACUCGCUCUGCCAGAGGUGGUGGCAGCAGACGUAACGACUACAACGCCAAGGAUGCGCAGGCAGCCAAGACCAUGCCUCUCACGGCUGGCAUGGAGCUCAAGCCCAUCACUGUCUCCGCUUCAGGCUGGAAGCCUACCAGCGUCGGCAAGGGCCCCUCAGCCUCAGGCCCUACUCCUGGCGGCGACCACAUGGAUCCUCAGAUGGUUCAGCGCAAGGUCAAGGCUGCUCUCAACAAGAUGACCCCGGAGAAGUUCGACAAGAUUGCCGAUCAGAUUCUGGCCAUCGCGGGCCAGUCCAAGGACGAGUCCGAUGGCCGCACUCUCCGCCAGGUGAUUCAGCUCACCUUCGAGAAGGCCACCGACGAGGCUCACUGGGCUUCCAUGUACGCCAAGUUCUGCAAGCGUAUGCUUGACACUAUGAGCCCUGAGAUCCGCGAUGAGAACAUCAAGGACAAGAACGGUGUCGUUGUUAGCGGAGGUGCCUUGUUCCGCAAGUACCUCCUCAACCGUUGUCAGGAGGAGUUCGAGCGCGGCUGGAAGGUCAACCUGCCCACCAAGCCCGAGGAAGACGAGGGCAAGCCCCAAACGAACGAGGCCGCCAUGCUUUCCGACGAGUACUACAUCGCCGCUGCCGCCAAGCGUCGCGGUCUUGGUCUCGUCCAAUUCAUUGGUGAGCUAUACAAGCUUGGCAUGUUGACGGAGCGCAUCAUGCACGAGUGUGUUCGCAAGCUUGUCGACUACGAGGGUAUCCCCGACGAGGCUGAGAUAGAGUCUCUCUCCAAGUUGUUGAGAACCAUUGGUAACAACCUUGACGCUUCGGAGAAGGGCAAGGCCUUGAUGAACGUCUACUUCGACCGCAUCCAGCACAUGAUGGACAUGCCCGAGCUUCCCAGCAGAUUGAAGUUCAUGCUCUUGGACGUCGUCGAUCUUCGCAAGGCUGGCUGGGCUUCUAAGGAGGCAAACAAGGGCCCCAAGACUCUUGAUGAGAUUCGCGCAGAGGCUGAGGCAGCUGCUGCCCAAAAGGCAAUGGAAAACCAGCGUGGCGGCAGCCAACGCGGUCCUGGCGGCCGCCCCAAUGUCGGCCGUGGCGAUUCUCGCAACUUCUCCUCUGGCUACAUGCAGGCCCAGUCCAACCAAGUCGGUAUGGACGACUUGCGCCGCCUGAAGGGCUCGACGAGCAGAGCUGCCAGUGGCAACAUCUCUCUUGGCCCCACCUCCAUGUUCAGCUCUCGCAGCAACAGCGGACGCAGACUCGGACCUGGUGGCUCUCUUGGCCGCCCUGGCGAGGACUCUGGUGCUUCAUCCCGCACCGGCACUCCCCCCACCACCCAACAUCAAAACGCAUUCAGUGCACUCGCCAACUUGGACAGCGAAACCCCGGCUUCUCCUCCUUCGACUGCUGCCUCCCCUGCACUGUCCAAGGCUGUUCCCGACAGCUCCGUUGCCGAGAGCAAAUGAGAGUAGCCGAGUAUUUCCUUUUCCAAUAAGUCAUUGCAUUUAAGCAAAUAGACAGGGGGCGGGGGCUGUUUGGUGCAUUUACACAGAGGGCUUUCAGAGUUCGUGUUUCAAAAGUUACCCUGAUCUUUGCUGCGGACCAUGAUACCUCGAAAGAAUACCGACAUAGACGAUUCACACUGAGAUGACCUCUCACCAGGAAGAGAGGUUCUCCAUUUUCGGACUCCGGAUGUUUCAUUUCCACAUUCGGCCCUCUUCAACCCGAUCGCAUCAACUUCAUGAUGCGCUCAAACACAAAACACACAACGUGUUUUAUUCCUUUUCUAAUACGAGUUCACGACGCUUUAUGGGUCUUCUUCUACGUGCCUGGCUACAUGGGGACCAGUGGCUAGGAAAAUGGUUGAAUGCAGACAGGCCAGACGUACGAAGGAAGAGACGACCCCGGGAGAGUCCAUCCAGCAACGGAGAGCUCAUGCGCAUGUUAUGAGAGUGCGCGAAUUUGCUCUUUAAGGCGGGACAUCAAAAAGCAUACGCAGGAGCGUCGGCAAGGUCGUGAUCCUGUUCCGAAUGCAAAAAGGGGAUUUAGGAAUCUGUUCAGAAGAGGAUUUUCGUCUUUUUUUCAUCCUUUUGGCAUUGGCUUGGUCAUCACUGGCAGGUCUCUCGACGUCACCAACACUUAUUUUGGGCGUGGUUCCCGGUCAUGGGAGGGAGUGGACUGGUCCAGCACCCAUCUCUGUCCACUAUGAAGGCAGAGAGGUGCUCGGUAAAAGGGCCAGGACUCGGGGGUUGAGGUCACUGGUCGCCAACAGUGGCUUGCUCCCUUGGUCUAGGCAUCUUCGCCGGCGGAAGCAGGACUGGUGAGGGGAUAAUCGACCGGGCGUGGAGGGACCUAAUGCUUUCUCUGACUUUGUACAUUUAAUUCGGCAGCGAGCUUGCCAGUGGACCUAGCCCUAAAAAAGAAGAGACUACAUAGUUCAC